CAUUUGAUACAGUAAAAAAAUUAGUAUUGGUAAAUGGUAAUCAUUUAAUAUUUAUGCAGCAGCUCGGCGUCUUGGACUUGUACGUUUUUAUUUUUUGAAUAUAGAUCAUCUCUGAAUAAUAAAAUAGACAGUUUUCUGUAGUAUACAAGUUAAUGUGAGUGACUGAGCCAGUAAGUGAUGAUUAAAAUGUAAAUUUUUAAUGUUAUGGAUAGUUUCCCACCAGCCAACUGCCGUUUGCAAAUACUAAUUGACGACCCUUGGCGUCAAGAAAACUUAUCAUUUGACGAAAUAGUGGUUCCCAUUAAAGAACUACCCGAUCCUGAGGCGGACGCCACAGAUGCUCAUUUGACUCUUACCCAACAGGACACAAAGUGGACCGACUUGGCACUUACAAACAUACUUAGUGACAAUCCAUUGCCUCCACCACCCCGAUUUUGACACAUUUAUCAUGGAGUUUCCAGAUUUUGGUAAACAAUGUGCUAACAAGGACUGUAAACAAUUGGAUUUUUUGCCAGUCAAAUGCAAUAAUUGUCAUGCUCUGUUUUGUAAAGACCAUUCAAGAUUUGAUAAUCAUCAAUGUGUUCCCAUUGAAUGUACUAAUGAUUUGGGACCAAAGCUGGAAACAACUUGGUUUAAAUGCACAUUCGAUAGUUGUAUGUCAAAAAAUCCCUGUGAAAUGCUUUGCCCAAAAUGUGAUAAACAUUACUGUCUGGCACAUAGACAUCAUGGUUGUCUAGAUGAACUCCCCGGAAAAGAGGCUAGAAAAGUUUUAAGAGAAGCGGCUAAAAAAUCUAAAGAUCAAUUUGCAAUAGCUAAAGAAGAAGCUGAUAAGAAAAUUGAAGCGAGUCUAAGGCAAGCCGAAUUGCAACCAGAAAAGAGACGUAUGGCCCAACAGAUUCGUUUAAUGAAACUUAAAGGGAAAGCAUUGGGUGAUAAUAAAAUACCAGUCAUUGACAGAGUUUAUUUUACUAUUCAUCCACCGAUUAAAGAUAAUAAAGUUACAUCAGCUGUGCCCUUAUUUACCAGUAAAACUUGGACAGUUGGCAGAACUAUUGAUUUAUUUGCAGUUCGUUUGAAAAUUGAAAAUCGAAAUGAUAAAAGUAAUGCUCCUAAACUGCGUUUAUUUAAAUUAGAAGAUGGUGAACACCUAUCAAAUCAAAUGGAUAGUGUAAUUGGUCGUAUGGUUACUGAUGGAUUAAUAUUUAAUGGAGAUUCAUUAAUUCUUCAUUAUGUUGAUGCUACAAGAAAUCCUGUUGAAAUAGAACCAGAAAAAUUAGUGGAAUAUAAACUAUCAAGUGUUUAAAUACCAUUUUAAUGACUAUUUAUAUUAUGGAAAACCAUCAUUAUGUAAUUAAUAUAGGAUAUUUUCAAAACAA